CCCAUGCACACCAACUUCAACGGCUUCGGUUUUUACAAAACAACAAGAAUGUCUCGACCAAAUCACUUUAAGGCUGCGCCAAUAUUUCGACAGCCUGCAACACCAGCGCCUUCGAUUCCAAUCCCUUCAUCUUCUCCAGCGUUUGGUACACCAGUGCAUCCCAUCAGACCCUUUAAUGUCGCGCCCCCUGCUGCCAAAGCCAGCAUAUUGCCAGUGAUACUUCCUUCUGCCACCCUACGACCUUUGGCAUUUCGAACAUUUACGAAGAAGCACAGCCUGACUUUAACAUCAUCGGCGCUUCAAAUAUUAGCCACUUUCAUAGGCAGACAUUGUGGAACAGAAUGGCGAGAAGAAGGGUUAGCGGAACGCGUGCUGGAGGAAGUUGCAAAGAGCUGGAAAAAUAGGAAUGGCGGGGUGAUAGUUGACGGAGAAGGUGCCGAGUUGAAGGAUAUACUCAAGAAUCUGGAAGGAAGCAUGGUGGGGGGAAGGAUAGUUUCAGCUCCCUCGCUGAGCAGGCAAAACAGUCUUGUCCUAGGUUCUUCACAGAAUGGAGAAGUCUCACAUACCAGACUCGGCAUAAGACCAAGUCUCUUGAGAAGAGAGGAUAGUCAGUCCAGUUUAGGUAUGUCUAAUUUGGACGUGGAGGACGAAGAGGACGACGAAGGGUUACGAGAUCCUCGAAAAUGGCUCAAAGUGAUCGAUGCAUUUGAGCAACCGAGGCUGGUAUAUAAUGUUGGCAAGAAGCACUUUGAUAGAGAUACCUCAAAGCCGUCAUUUUUACCUCAAGCAUCGCACAAAACCCAAGUCUUCCGUAAUAGGUACAAUCUCAUCCAUCAACGACUGCUCAGAAAUGAAUCAUUCCAGACACCGACAUUUGACGCAACCAAAUCUACUCUGAAAAGAUCGUCAUCUUCUUUGGCAACAACUCAGCAAGCCUACAAAUUGACGCCAAUUGCAAAUCUAUUAGGCCGAAAUGGUACCAGUCAUAUGCUUCUUGGACUACUAACCAUAUCGCCGACAGGGACAUUGGCAAUCAAUGAUUUGACUGGAAGUAUUGCCUUAGACCUUACUCAUGCCAAACCAAUACCAGAAGAUGGCGCAUGGUUCGCACCUGGCAUGAUAGUACUGGUUGAUGGGACGUAUGAAGAAGAGGACCACAAUGCCGGCAGUGGACUUGGCGGUGUCGGUGGUGUAGGGGGUACCAUCGGUGGGAAAUUCAUUGGAUUCUUCAUCGGUGGACCUCCCUGUGAAAGGAGAAAGGUGACGCUCGGCCUCACUGGAUCCGAUGGAGAGGGCGGCCUGACGGCCGGUGGUGGGUUUGGAUGGGUGGACUUCCUUGGGGUUGGCAGCGAGCGUGCUGUGGGAUCCAAAAUGCGAAAAUUGGAACAGAAGUUGCUACGCACAUCGUCCGUAGAAGAAGCUCUGGGUGGCCGAGGGCGGAUGAUUAUCGUUGGAGAGUUGAACCUGGAUCAGCCGCGAGCUCUACAAGCGUUAAAGAAGCUUCUUGGACUGUAUGCUGCAGAGCCAGAAGAGGAUACUCCUAUGACAUUCGUUCUCAUAGGAAACUUCGUCCAGCACGCAGUCAUGGCUCGAGGAGGCAGCGGCGGUAGUAUCGAGUAUAAAGAAUAUUUCGAUGGGCUUGCUCAGACCCUUUCCGACUAUCCGACUCUUCUGCAAUCCGCAACAUUCAUCUUUGUACCUGGCGACAAUGACGGUUGGGCGUCGUCCUUCUCAGCUGGGGCCGCCACGCCCCUCCCCAGGAAAGGCGUACCAGACAUGUUUACUUCGCGUAUCAAGCGAGCCUUCGCUACCGCGAAUGCGGAGGCCGAGAAGGAUCGCGGGAGGAAAACAGAUGGUGAAGCGAUCUGGACAAGCAAUCCGUCGCGCCUAUCAAUAUUCGGGCCUACCCACGAGAUCAUUCUUCUGAGAGAUAACAUGACUGGUCGAAUGCGGCGAACAGCAAUCAAAUUUUCUUCUUCAACAGCAGCAGACGAUGAUGAGGACAUGACUAUGCCCAGUACACCACCUGUAGCAGCAACUGCAACAAGUCCGGCCGCAGAGAUGGAGAUUGACAAUGACGUCGAAGCCGCAACAUCGCACGUCCCACAGCCUACCGAAGACGAGAUCGUUUCCAGUGACUUACACGCCGCAAGAAAACUGGUGAAGACGAUCCUCGAUCAGGGCUAUCUAGCUCCCUUUGGUCUGGGUAUUAGGCCUGUGUUGUGGGAUUAUGCCAGCUCGCUGCAAGUCUACCCGUUACCAAGCGCGAUGGUCCUAGCAGAUACUGAAGCCCCAGCCUUCUGUGUCACGUAUGAGGGUUGCCAUGUCAUGAAUCCAGGGAGUAUUGUGGCGCCUGGGCGGAGAGGCGUUGCAAAGUGGGUUGAGUAUGAUAUACGGAAUAAGGUUGGGAAGGUUAGGGAAGCGAUGUUUUGAUAUCCAGACUUUAAUGACUUGACAUGGGAAUGAGGGAGGCGUUUGUAUGGUAUGAGACGGUCAAACUGUAUAAGGAGGUAUCGCAUUGCAUGGUAUAGGGAGCCGUAAUUCAUGAUAUUUACA